AUGAACUGGAUACGCUAUUUGCCUUUGGCCUUAAAAGGGUUAUUCUAUGUUGUAACACUUGGCAUAAGCAUACCGUUCAUAGCGUCUGUAUCUAGGUCGCUGCUAAAGAGUUUUGUUUCCUCCUCGGUGUCCUUUAAUUUGGAUACAAUUUAUCUCAACUGGAACACCACAUUUCCAGCUAUAACUGUUUGCGAGCUGUACAAUUCCGAAAAGAUUUGGGACUUGAGUGAUUCACACUUUGGCAUUGAGCAUGAGCUACACAUAGAUGAUUUUAUAAGCGACAUUGCCUUCUUCAGGGGCAUUUGCAUAAGCUGUGAAAACUGCCAUCGUCUGCCCUGUCCAGACAACUUCACCAUGCUGCUGGAAGUGUUUCGUUCCAAGUGUCAUGAGCUUAUUAUAGAAUGCAGCUAUCUGAAUCAUAUAUUCGACUGCUGCGAUCAGUUUUUGCCACUGCAUACAGAGUACGGCGUUUGUUACUCCUUCAACUCUAAUCAGGCACAUAAGUCAUACUUGGCACAGUACAAAAACAAUCGUCAAACUGGCGCUGGACAUUUAAAGUUUCAUGCUGCAGCGGAUAUACAAUUGCAUGUGCAUGCGCCCAUCGAUAUACCGUUUCCCUUUGCCGAGGGCAUGGUCAGGGAUACAGUGCUGCUGGGCAGCUAUAAGGAGAUUAUACUAAAUGUGAUUGAAGUCUACAAUCAUGAGAGCGUGAAUGAGCUGAGUCCGGAGCAGCGACGCUGUCGUUAUAGCAAUGAGCACUUGCCUGAGGGUUUGGGCUUAUAUGAAUUCUACAGCUACUCUGGCUGCAUUAUUGACUGCACUGUAGCUAAGCACUUGCUGUAUUGCAACUGCACCAGCCAUUUUAUGGCCAUGUCCAGCAGCAACUUGCUGCCCGUCUGUGAUUAUCGUGGACUCAUUUGCCUGACCAACAAUCAUGACAGAGUCUUGGCGGAGCGCAAGUCUUGCGAGUGCAUGAGCUCCUGCGAAGAGCCCGAGUACAAUAUUAUACACAAUACAGCAGAUGACAAUCAAGAAGCUGAGCGCGAGGCUUCUGAUAUACAUGUGGCUCUCAUAGAGCUGCCAACUCAGCGCUACGUGCGUCGCGUAGCUAAAUCCAAUCUGGACUUGUUAAUUGCAGUUGGUGGCCUGGUUAGCCUUUUCUUCAAUACCUCCUUGCUGCGCAUCUUGGAAGGCAUAUAUCUCUGCUUCAAAUAUAGAAAAGUCAUUACACAGUUUGCUGUUGGUUUUUUGGUUGGCACAUUUAAGUAUUUACAGAUUUUGACAAAAUUAAAGUAAAUC